UUUUCGCCCCCAGUAAAGUUGAAAGCUCGCGUUUGGGAGCAUUUUGGAUUCCACAAAAAUGAAAAAAAAGAGCUGGACAUGACACACGCCGUCUGCAAACACUGCGGGCAAAAAGUGAAGUACUCUGGCAACACAACAAACCUCCAUCUGCACAUGACGAGGCAUCACGUUGGCAUCUCGGAAACCCCGGUAAAUGCUACAGCCACAGAGACACAAGCUAGUCUGACGGCGGGGUUGCAAGCUAAAUUCCCUACAACUUCACCAAAGGCGAAGAAAAUCACCGACGCUCUUGUGUCAUACAUAUGUAAGGACUUGCGUCCGUACAGCUCGGUUGAGAAUGAAGGCUUCCGGGCGCUAAUCGCUGAAUGUGAACCUCGCUACACUAUUCCGACUCGUCGCUUCAUCACUGAAACCGCUGUGCCUCGCCUGUAUGAUGAGGUAAAACGACACGUUAUCGAUUCCAUUUCAAAAGCAAGCAGAGUAGCCAUUACGUGUGACGGGUGGACGUCGAGGGCAACCCAGUCUUAUGUUACGCUGACAUGUCACUUCAUUUCUGAAAAUUGGGAAAUGCUUUCCUACGUUCUGCAAACCAGAGUGCUGUUCGGGAGCCACAGCGGCCAUAAUGUGGGCGAGUUGCUGCUCGAAGUCUUUGAGGAGUGGGGCCUUACAGCUAAAGAGCCAGUGUUGGUUACUGACAACGCCUCAAAUAUGGUCAUUGCAGCAGAGCAUGCCAAACUGCUUCAUGUACGAUGCUUCGCGCAUACAUUGAAUUUGGCUGCCCAACGUGCCCUUAAGACCACAGCAGUUGGGAGGCUGUUAGGAAAGAUUCGCCACAUAGUGACGUUUUUCAGGAAGAGUGCGCUGGCCAGCCAGGUCUUACAGGAAAAACAAAAGCUCCUCAACCUUCCCAAGCACAAACUCAUGAAUGACGUCCCAACCAGGUGGAACAGUGCGUUCGACAUGGUCGAGCGCUUCCUGGAGCAGCAGCCCGCUAUCUGUGCCACAUUGCUGUCAGCUGAAGUGCGCAAGAAUGCCAAGGAGCUGUGGACUAUGUCAGAUACCGACCUCACCAAUGCCGAAGAUGUAGCUAAAACCCUGCGGCCUCUCAAAGUGGCAACACUCGUGAUGUCAGAAGAAAAAACACCCACCGUCUCAAUAAUUGCCCCGUUACAGGCACAGCUGUGUCAGGGCAGUGCUGAGCAACCUGAUGACUCUGGGAUCGUUAAAGAAGUCAAAAGAGCACUGGCACAAGACCUGGGGAAGAGGUAUUCCAACAAAUCCUUCCUUCAGAUGGCUUCAGCUCUGGACCCCCGCUUCAAAGCACUGCCCUUCCUCACAGAGGGUGGAAGAGAUGACAUCUUUGCAGCAGUGGGACGAGAGGCAGCUGAAUUAUCAGAGAGAAAGGCUACUAAGGAGGAGGGUGACCAGCCUGCUGCUGAAGGAGAGCAUGAAGAGCAUGAAGGAGAGCAUGAAGGUCAAACACAACCUCCACCCUGUAAAAAGAGCUGUGCUCUGUCUGAUUUAUUUGGAGAGACAUUCUCAACAGAGUUAGAACAGGCUAGUCAACCCAGUCCCAUCACACAGGCAAUGAUUGAGGUAAACGCAUACAGAGCCACUGAACCAUUAGAGCUUUCAGCUGACCCACUGAAUUGGUGGAGAAAACACGAAGGUGUGUUUCCACUUCUGUCCAAUCUGGCUAGAAACACUCUCUGUGUGCCUGGAACAAGCGUAGCAGCAGAGCGAAUAUUCUCAACUGCUGGUGACAUAGUUACAGCUGAGAGAAGUGUUAUCAAACCAGCCCAUGUAGACCAGCUUUUGUUUUUGAACAAAAACCUGAAAAUGUACCAGAGGAAGUAGGUGGGUAUUAAUAUGUGGAGUACGGCCUUGUUCUUGUGAAGGCUAUGUUUUCUGUCUUUAAGUUUUAUGUUUCUCAAAACUUGAAAGAUGUUUUGCACUACAGUUUUGUUACAGCCAUGUUUCAAGUCAACAAUUUUCAGAGGCAGCUGUAUUUUUACACAACAGCCCUGUUUUUUAAGUUCAUGUUUUAAGUUUAUCACAAGCAAUUGUUAAGGCUAGGUUUUAAGUUUACUUUUACCAAAGGCAGCUUUAUUUUGUACUUCAUGCUUGUUAAAAUCAAUCUCUUUUUGCACUAUGGCUAUGUUUUAAGUUUGCUUAUUUCAAAUGCAGCUUUAAUUUGUACCACAGGCCUGUUAAGGCCAUUUUAAGCCGUGCAAGGUUUAAUGUUUUAAAAUGUUUUACUUGUAUCAAGCAAUCUCUUUUCACACUACGGCCUUGUAAAGGCUAUGUUUUAAGUUUACUUAUUUUUAAAGGCAGCUUUAUUUCUGCACCACUUCCUUGUGAAUGUGUUUACAUGCACUACUAGAGAGUACUUGUUGGUCUACUACAAAAUAAAAAAAAACUAUUUGGUUACAUGUCUGUUUCUUUGUACAGCGUCUAC